GCCAGCCCCCCACUAACCACUGAUCGCACGCGCGUAUGAGCCGACGCUCCCCUCUCUGUAUAAAGCGGCCACUGUGCACAAGUCAAAUCGGCCAAGACGAGAAGCCAAGCAAUAUCUGUCUGCCCGCUUCAUUCACACGCGCGUGCGCGCAAGAGUAGGAGAGAGAUAUAUAGAGAGAGAAAAGAGAGGUGUUUGUGGUUGGGUGGCGCUUGGCAAUGUGAUGGCGCAGCCGCGGCAGCAGCAACGACAACGGCGCCUCGUCGCGGCGCUCCUGGUGCUCCUCUCCCUGUGCUGCCUUGCUCGCCUCGGCGCCGCGGCUUCUGCGGCGAGUGCUGACCCUGACGCUGACGGGAACGAUGGAGCGGCGACUGCGCUGGACAAGGCCGCGGAACAGGAGGAGGAGGAGGAGGAGGAGGCAGCGCGCGGGUGGACGGCGACCACCGUGGAGGAGCAAGGGCGAGGGCGAGGACCGGUGAGGGUGGUGACGGAGGUCGACAUCGAGGACUAUCCCCGGUACGGCGCCAAUGGCCGGCACAACCCGGAGGGUCCGCACCCGUGA